UUCGUUCCAUUUGUCUCUGGUGCUGCUGCUGCUGUACGUGACUCUCUCUGCACUGCUGGUUCUAUCACUGUGUCUAACUGCGUGAAAAUGGCCAGUAUCAGUUCACUGGACCAGGAUCAGUUCAGCUGUCCAGUCUGUCUGGAUGUGCUGAAUAAUCCAGUCACUACUGCCUGUGGACACAGUUUCUGUCUGGACUGUAUUACAGGCUGCUGGGAUCAGGAGGAUCAGAAGGGAACCUACAGCUGCCCUCAGUGCAGACACUCCUUCACCCCAAGACCUGCUCUACACAAGAACGUGAUGAUUGCUGAAAUGAUGGAGAAGCUGAAGAUAACGACGGUUCUCAAAUCUGUCGCUGCUCCUCCUGCUGAAGAUGUGGAGUGUGAUUUCUGUACUGGACAGAAACACAAAGCCGUCAGGUCCUGUCUGGUGUGUCUGGCCUCUUACUGUGAAACUCACCUGCAGCCUCACUAUGAAUCUCCUGCCUUUCAGAAGCACAAGCUGGUCGGAGCUUCCAGACGACUCCAGGAGCAGAUCUGCUCUCAGCAUGAGAAGCUCCUGGAGGUUUACUGUCGCACUGACCAGCAGUGUAUCUGCAUGGUGUGCACCAUGGAUAAGCACAGAAGACAUGAGAUAGUUUCAGCUGCAGCAGAAAGAGCUGAGAAACAGAAGCAGUUGGCGGGGACCAAGUUGCAGUCUCAGAAGAGAAUCCAGGAGAGACAGAAGGAGCUUCAGGAGCUCAGGAAUGCUGUGGAGUCUCACAAGCGCUCUGCUCAGGCCGCAGUGCAGGACAGUGAGAGGAUCUUCGCUGAGCUGAUCAGCUCCAUUGAGAGGAAACGCUCUGAGGUCACAGAGAUGAUCAGAACUCAGGAGAAAGCUGCAGUGAUUCGAGCUGAAGGAAUCCUGAGGCGACUGGAGCAGGAGAUCACUGAGCUGAGGAGGAGAGACGCUGAGCUGGAGCAGCUUUUACACACAGAAGAUCACAUCCAUUUCCUCCAGAGCCUGCGGCCUCUCUCGACCACUUCUACAUCUGCAGGACUGCCUGGGAUCACGUUCAGUGUUCUGUCUUUUGAGGAGGUAGCAACGUCUGUGUCUCAGCUGGUAGAGAAACUGAAAAAACUUUGUGAAGAGGAGUUUAAAAAGAUAGCAAGUGGAUUGAAAAAAAUCCAGGUCAUCCUCCCACCUGAACCCAAAAGCAGAGAUGAGUUUCUGGAAUACUCCUGUGAGCUCACACUGGAUCCCAACACAGCCAAUAGACACCUCCAUCUGUCUGAAUGGAACUCAGUGGUGACCUGCAGUAACAGUGACCAGUCGUAUCCUGACCAUCUAGAGAGAUUUGACUAUUGGCCUCAGAUGCUGUGUAAAGAAGCUUUCUGUGGACGGUGUUACUGGGAGGUUGAAUGGAGUGGGAGAGAUGGGGUUUUUAUGGCGGUGUCAUAUGAUGGCAUCAGUCGGAAAGGAAGAGCUGCUGAGUCUGUGUUUGGUUGCAACGAUCAGUCCUGGAGAUUGUCCUGCUUUCCCUCAGGAUACUCAUUCUGGCACAACAACAAAGAGAGAAAAAUCCGCAGAGAUGCCAGCUCCUCUAGAAUAGGGGUUUAUGUGGAUCACCGGGCAGGAACUCUGUCCUUCUACAGCGUCUCCGAUACGAUGACCCUCCUCCACAGAGUCCAGACCACAUUCACUCAGCCGCUCCACGCUGGGUUCUUGGUUCAUCCAGGAUCAACAAUUAAACUGUCCCAUUUGAAAAUAUGAGGGAAUUUUGGAACCUUAUGAGUGGCAGUCUG